GUUACUAUGAUAGUAUGAUACAUUCAAUCUAAAACCCAUGUGUCGUUUGGAAAACGUCUGUAAUUAACUAAUUAUCUUCUAAGUAUGGUGACUUAUUACCAAUCUUUAUUACUUUACCAAAAAAACAUUCUCAUAAUUAAAAAAAAGAAAGAAAUAAUUCAGUACUCUCUCACAAGUCACAACCAAUCUUCGUUUACCAUUUAUAUAAUAUUCAGCGUAUUUCGUCGCUUCUCCUUAAUUCUAUAGUUUCUAUAUAUUCGUUACAUAGCUUUACUCAUUUCCCCACAAAACCACAAACACUCAAAACCCCUAAUUAUCAAAUCUACGAUCUCGAAACCAUGGUGUCGAUCACGCAAAGUCUCUGUUUUUCUUUCAUCAUCCUCUCUUCCUUUGCAACCCUCUUCUCCGUCACUGAUGCACGGAGGUUUUACGUCGGAGAUAACGGCGUUUGGGCCGUACAUCCGCAUGAGAGUUACAAUACUUGGGCUGAAAGAAACCGUUUCCAAGUCAACGACACUCUCUAUUUCAAGUUUACGAAAGGAUCAGACUCGGUGCAACGAGUGAUGGAUGUUGAUUACCACGCCUGCAACGUUGGGAAUCCUCUCCAGAACUUUGUCAAUGGAGAAGCUGAGAUUGCUCUUAAUCGAUCUGGUCCGUUUUUUUUCAUCAGUGGUAAUCAAGAUCACUGUUUGAAAGGUCUGAAGCUGAUCGUCGUUGUCCUAGCCAUUAGAUAUCCACCGGCGGCACCUAUCUCUCCGGCGAAACCUCCAAAAUCUCAUUCCCCUGUUUCUCCGAUUCCUCCGGCGAAAGCUCCGUCAACGGCUCAAACUCCAAAAUCUCAUUCCCCUGUUUCUCCGAUUGCUCCGGCGAAAGCUCCAAAGUCUACUUCGCCUGUUUCUCCGGCGAAUUCCCCUUCAAAAUCUCAGCCACCGAAAUCCUCUGUUUCUCCGUCCCAUGCACCAAAAUCUCCAUCGCCGUCAACUUCUUCCCCAGCAAGCUCUCCAACGUCUUCUCCGUCGCCUGACGAGUCACCGGAUUCUCAGGCGCCUGAGCAGAGUUCGCCUUUGUCGCCAUCUCCUUCUGAAUCAACCCCGUCUUCCGGUAACGUCACGUCGCCGCCGCCAGGUCCCAGAAAUGCAGCAGGUGGUGUGGCCGUUACUUCGGUUAUGAGUUCAGUAUUAAGUGUGGUCUUUACCUUUUUAAUGUUCGGUUAAGCCUAAACCAAUUGGUUUUUUCGUGUUUGAUUUACAUUUUCUUUAUCAUGUUGCUGAUGUGUUUUCUUCGAAUCGCUACUCUUAUCUGUUUAUUUUUAUUUUUUUGGUUCCGAGUGUCUUUAUUUUGCAUUAAUGGACUAAAUUUUUGUUUUUGUUUUUAAUUUCACUGUGUUGUUCUAAUAAGCAUUAUAUCAUUCGA